CGGCGCUGCAGAUCGCUGAGCUUCCUCUGAGCUGAGGAUGAGGAGGACUUGUGCUGCUCUCUGACAGCUGCUGACUCUGGCUUUUUCUUUGGGACCAUUUUUCACCUUUUAACAAACACAUGGACUCACUGUGAAGCGACACAUCUGCCAACCAAACGCUGCCAGCUGCCCCCUUUCUGCAAAUCUUACCAUCACUGUUUCUUGUUCUUUAAGCAGACUGUGCUAAAAUGUCUCUGACUGUAGCUGAUCUGACCAGAGGAGCGAUGACAGAGUUCCAGGAGAAGCUCCGUCAGCAGCAUGAGGAGUCGAUGCACCGCGAGCUGGAGGCGCUGCUGUCUACAGCCAACAAGGCCGAAGCCGAGAUCUCCAGAAAAGAUUUUGAUGGCUUUAAGAAGAUCUUCCACAGAUUUCUGCAGGUCAAAGGUCCUUCAGUUGACUGGCCAAAGAUCAACCGGCCACCAGAGGAGUCGAUCCAGCCCUAUGAGAAGAUCAAGGCGAAGGGACUCCCUGACAACAUCGCUGCCUGCCUCAACAAGCUGGCCGUGGUCAAACUGAACGGCGGUCUGGGAACCAGCAUGGGCUGCAAGGGCCCCAAGAGUCUGAUCAGCGUCCGCAACGAGAACACCUUCCUGGACCUGACCGUGCAGCAGAUCGAGCAUCUGAACAAAACAUUCAGCGCCGACGUGCCGCUCGUUCUCAUGAAACUCCUCAACACCGACGAAGAGACGAAGAAGAUUCUGCAGAAAUACAAACACCACCGAGUCAACAUCCACACCUUCAACCAGAGCAGAUAUCCGAGGAUAAACAAAGAGUCUCUGCUGCCGAUCGCCAGUAACAUGGGGAUGAGCGGUGAGAAUGCAGAGGCCUGGUACCCACCAGGUCAUGGAGACAUCUACGAGUUCUACAACUCUGGGCUGCUCGACAAACUCCUAGCUGAAGGAAAAGAGUACAUUGUGUCCAACAUCGACAACCUGGGAGCCACCGUCGACCUGUUCAUCCUCCAGCACCUGAUGAGUCAGCCGGCCGACAGACGCUGGUUCAUCAUGGAGGUCACCGACAAGACCAGAGCCGACGUCAAGGGUGGUACUCUGAUCCAGUACGAGGAUCAUCUGAGGCUGCUGGAGAUCGCUCAGGUCCCGAAGGCCCACGUAGACGAGUUCAAGUCUGUCACCAAGUUCAAGAUCUUCAACACCAACAAUCUGUGGAUCUCUCCCGCCAUCAAGAGGCUGCACGAGAAGAACACCAUGGAUCUGGAGAUCAUCGUCAACCCAAAGACGCUGGACGGCGGUCUGAACGUCAUCCAGCUGGAGACGGCCGUCGGCGCCGCCAUCAAGAGCUUCGACAACGCCUUGGGGGUGAACGUCCCCCGCAGUCGCUUCCUGCCGGUGAAGACGUCGUCAGACCUGCUGCUGGUCAUGUCCAACCUGUACAGCCUGGACGCCGGCUCCCUCACCAUGAGCAAGAAGAGGGAGUUCCCCACAACACCACACGUCAAACUGGGCAGCUCCUUCACCAAGGUUCAGGAGUUUCUGGCUCGGUUUGAAAACAUCCCAGACAUGUUGGAGCUCGAUCACCUCACCGUGUCCGGAGACGUGACCUUCGGAAAGAACGUUUCUCUGAAGGGAACCGUCAUCAUCAUCGCCAAUCACGGCGACCGGAUCGAUAUUCCUGCUGGAGCGAUGCUGGAGAACAAGAUUGUUUCUGGAAACCUGCGGAUCCUCGACCACUGAGGCCUUCUGGGGACAAAAGAAGCCCAACAUACUCAGAUCAAAGCCGUUUGCACCUUAAGAGACUGAAGGAGAUCUUCCUUCUGCUGUUACCAAAACCAGUUUGUGUCAAACUGUAACGUCAAUGUAACGCCGUCCUCCUGCACUGUGCAGACGUGCAGCUCAUCAUGAACAAAGCCACUGUUACUGCAGAUAGUCAGAGCACCGUGUUCGUCUGUUUCUGUCAACAUAAAAGUGCACUGUGGCUCA